AUGGCGACCAACGGCGAAAUCGGUUCCAACUAUGCCCUCUCCCAGGGCCACUACGACCUGAUGCAGAAGCCUCUCGUCGACCUCGACCCAGAGAUCAAGGAGAUCAUGGACAAGGAGAUCAAGCGUCAGCGCGAGUCCAUCCUCCUCAUCGCCUCCGAGAACGUCACGUCGCGCGCCGUCUUCGAUGCCCUCGGCUCACCCAUGAGCAACAAGUAUAGUGAGGGAUACCCAGGCGCGCGUUACUACGGAGGAAACGAGCACAUCGACGAGAUUGAGCUCACUUGCCAGGCCAGAGCCCUCAAGACUUUCGGUCUCGAUGCGGAGAAGUGGGGUGUCAACGUGCAGUGCCUGUCUGGUAGCCCAGCGAAUCUGCAGGUCUACCAGGCCAUCAUGAGGCCACACGAGCGAUUGAUGGGUCUGGACUUGCCACACGGCGGUCACUUGUCCCACGGAUACCAGACACCGACGAGAAAGAUCUCUGCUGUUUCGACCUACUUCGAGACCCUCCCCUACCGAGUCAACCUCGAGACUGGCCUGAUCGACUACGACCGCCUCGAGGAGAACGCGCUCAUGUACAGACCCAAGGUCUUGGUCGCCGGCACAUCUGCCUACUGCCGUGAGAUCGACUACAAGAGAAUGAGAGAGAUUGCAGACAAGGUCGGCGCAUACCUGCUCAUGGACAUGGCCCACAUUUCCGGUCUAGUCGCUGCUGGUGUGAACAAGUCGCCAUUCGAGUACUGCGACAUUGUCACCACUACGACACACAAGAGCUUGCGCGGCCCAAGAGGUGCAAUGAUCUUCUUCCGUAAGGGUGUGAGAAAGACCGACGUGAAGGCUGGCAAGGAAGUGCAGGUCCUCUAUGACUUGGAGGGACCCAUCAACUUCUCCGUCUUCCCCGGCCACCAGGGUGGCCCACACAACCACACCAUCACUGCUCUCGCCGUUGCCCUGAAGCAAGCCAACACCGACGAGUUCAGACAGUACCAACAGCAAGUCAUUAAGAACGCCAAGCAGCUCGAGGUCUCCUUCAAGCAGCUCGGCUACAGACUGGUCACUGACGGUACUGACAACCACAUGGUUCUUCUUGACCUGAAGCCACUAGGUCUGGAUGGCGCCCGUGUGGAGGCCGUCUUGGACCAGAUCAACAUUGCGUGCAACAAGAACACCACUCCCGGCGACAAGUCGGCGCUCACUCCAUGCGGUAUCCGCAUUGGUGCCCCAGCCAUGACUAGCCGAGGAAUGGGCGAGAAGGACUUCGACAAGAUCGCACAAUACAUCGACCGCAGCAUCAAGCUUGCGCAGAAGAUCCAAGGCGAACUGCCAAAGGAGGCCAACAAGCAGAAGGACUUCAAGGCCAAGGUCGCCGAGGGUACUGCCAUCCCCGAGAUCAAGGCUCUCAAGGAGGAGAUUGCUGCCUGGGCCGUCACCUUCCCACUUCCCGUAUAA